AAAGUCCUAGCCUUCACAACCUCCUCAGAUAAGGAGUUCCACAAGUUGACUGUGCGCUAUGUGAAGGUAUAAGCAAGUGUGACUCCAGUGAGGUCAAUGAGAUUCUACCUACUUUACGUCAUGGCUGAAUUUCAUCCUUAUUUCAAAAAGAGGAAGGUCAGAGCUGAAACUGCCAGAUUAAAGUCCCUCGUAAUUUUCGCUUGUUGGAAGAACUUGAAGAAGGUCAAAAAGGAGUAGGCGAUGGUACAGUAAGCUGGGGCCUUGAAGAUGAUGAAGAUAUGACACUUACAAGGUGGACAGGCAUGAUUAUUGGACCACCAAGGGUCAGUACAACAAACUAUGAAAACAGAAUAUACAGUCUGAAAGUAGAGUGUGGACCUAAAUAUCCAGAAGCACCUCCAACAGUUAGAUUUGUAACUAAAAUCAAUAUGAAUGGAAUAAAUAAUUCCAAUGGAAUGGUGGAUACACGGAGCAUACCAGUGUUAGCAAAAUGGCAAAAUUCUUAUAGCAUUAAAGUUGUACUUCAAGAGCUAAGACGUCUAAUGAUGUCCAAAGAAAAUAUGAAGCUUCCACAACCUCCAGAAGGACAAACUUACAGCAAUUAAUUUUAGCUGAUUCUCAAACUUCUGUCUUAAAACAACAACCUUCUACUCAUAUUAAUGUCUUGAUUAAAUCUCACAAUGCAAACCACCCACACAUUAAAAGAAUUUCAGCUGGUAUACAUGACCUGGACAUUUGUAAGAAUAUAUAUAAUAUAUGUACGCCCAGUAUGUUUUUAGGCACUAUGGGAGGAAAAAAAGGCAGCACAAUUUAUUUUUUUCUCUUAUCAAGACACUGUCAUUUAAGCAUAAGCCUGAAGUAGCUUAAAAUUGAAAUUCAGGUUUUACAAGAUGAAAGCAUGACAGAAAGUGUCAGAUUGCUGUGGAUUAAUGUAUGUUUCAGAAAAUUAAUCUCUCAAGAAGAAAAAUUAUAAAUGGCAUGCUUUACCCAUCUGGCUUAGUAAAAGAGCUGCAGUUAAAAUUGUUUUAAAGUAGCAGAUAAAGUGAAUACUGUUGCUCAUCUUGUUUAAUUUUGCUAAGGUGUGGGUGCCGACUACUAUUAGUGUCACAAAGUAUGUUCAGGAUUGUUUUGAUACCUGUAUUUAUAAAAGGGGGGAAUGGAUUCUGUUAAGCGGCUCCUGUGUGUUACAUGUAAUGGACAUGGCAAAUAUUUGUUUACAGUCUUUGUUCUAAUAAACAAUGCAUUUAAGUUUUAGUGAAACAAACAAAGGAAAUAGGUGUAUGGAUAUGUGAUUGAGAUUAAAGUUAGUCUUAAAAUGUAAAUAAAAUGUGGAAAGUA